AUGCUCAUCAGUUUCAGUUGAUAGUUCAUAUUUCUUUUCAUUGCUCUCAUGCCAGUGUGCGUAGUCUUGGGUCUCCUAGUAAAAAUACUUAUUCCGAACUUCCUAUUUUGAAUAUAUCGGGAAAUAUACCGAGGAAAGAAGCAUUCUAGUUGCCGUGUAUUGUGUUCACCAGGGGCUCCAGGAAAUGGGACUGUCGAGCGAGCCCAGGAAUUCAUUAUUGUUACAUGUUUCUCCUGCUUCCUGAGUGAGCUGCUAAAGGGAUUACUCUAUCAAUACUGCAUCAAAAAUUAACAUUAUCAAGUUAGAUAAAAGAGGCUUCGCAUCAUAAACUACAAACUCCUGUUUGAAAUACGGUAUCUCUAAAAAUUAAGGCAUACUUCCGCAACGAAUAGGGAACCAAAGUUUGACUCAUAAAGGUAAUUAUUGCGUCAAUGAUUCUUUAUACGACCAAAUAAUAAGUUCUAUAUAUUCUGACUGCUUCACUACCAUACAUGACUUGUGAAGUGUGGUAAGCAUAAUAGUCUGAUGUAUACAGGUUGGGAAAGAGACUACUGCUCAAUCUGGAUUGUUUGGUUCUUUGUGGAAUAUCUUGUUCUAUGACUGUGAUAUUAUCGUCGUGUAUUAUUCUCUGAUUGCAUGUGUUAUUCUAUGCUGUCUAGAAUACCACUAGGAUCGUGAUAGAGCUCACAUCUGACAUAGGAAAUCACGGGGAAGAAGGAUGCACGUGAGAUUCACAGCGAGAAAGCAACGAGACAUACUGUAAUUUUUCACAGUUCAAAUUAUGCGGCAAUUGGUCUCAGCCUUUUAAAAGUAAUAGAGUAAUUAAAGGAGAUUUUCUUAAAUCAUGCGUAGUCGAAAAUUACUGAAUCAUCUUGACACGUCCUCUCAAUCAAUAUAGACGGUAAACAUUGGCAUUGCAUGACAUGACUUGUAUGAGGCUCAUCCACAACUUGAAGAACAUAAUCUGGUACUACACAAGUUUCACGAUAACAUUCUUUUGCGGUAGAAGUGUUCUAAGUUUUCAGUCAUCAAUAUUUAAGCUCAAUCUGUUUAAUUCGUAAUCAGACGACUACAAUUUGGUUUCACACGUUUUAUGUGUCACGAAAAACUUGUUUCAAUUGUCCAGUGAACCAAAGAAGUAACAGAAAAGAAAACUCGUAACGUCGUCGCCAUGACGCCCUAAAUUGACGCACCAAUGCUGUAUUGUUUCUUCCGUCGCGAUUUAAGUUGUGACUAUUGUAUGGCUAACAUGGAGGAUAUGUUUUGAUGAUACAAUUACGUAACAAGAUCUCCAUUUUGAAUGAACUUGGGUUAAGUGUUAAUAUUUGCAUAGCACGACCCCGUCUAUGUGUGUACUCAACGCGCGUUGACGGCUCUCGAUAUCUGCAAGUUUGGUAACCUCUUCGCUUACAUACACGGGGAAAAACAAAUUGUAAUGGAACCAAUAAUUUUAUUUUCCAAUCGCAGACAAUGAUUGACACGUCAUUAUAACAAGUUAGUGUUUCAUAUAGUAUCUGUUUCGAAUCAUUACUGCGCUGAAACUGUUGAAUACUUGGUAAGGUGAAGCCGAAUCCUUCUGACUAACAAAGUGCCAUCAUUGGUCUGUUAAUGAAAAUGGCUAUUUGUUGCCCGUGGAUGUCGAGAAAGCACAGACAUUAUGAUGAUAUUGAUGACCAGGACACGAAUAUAAACAGACCGGGAGCUACAGAAACGUCUGCAUUACUGAAAAACGGACAUACGUCUUUUCGCUACAGAGGCGGUUGUUUGGUCGAUGCCUAUAAAGCCAGCUACAGAUCUUGGGAAGAUGACAUUAACCUUUGGUCUGACCCCUAUGACGUCACACACACCAGGAUAAGCCAAGACAAAGAACUUGAUGGACUCAUCCGAGAUUGGAGAAAAGCAACGACAAACAUGGAGAAGAAAGUCACAUACGAGAAAGUGCAGGCCAUUCGGUUACAGAGGAAACGCGUUCAAGAUAGAUGGCGGAAAGGCUUAGAAAAAUUAGGCUUUGAUGCUCAGGCCGAACACCUUGUUCGGGUCAGUUCUGCCUCGGGAAUGACGCAACCUGAACCGCCAUCUGAACAAGCUCUCAAUCUUCAUCAAGCCAUCGUAUACCAGACCGAUCUAUUCAGUGAUGCUGAAGUACAAGACAGGAGAUAUGGAAUAAUCCUGGACCGACUUAUAUCAUUGGACAUUGCAGAGGACUUCUUCUCGAUAGCAAAGCAAAUGUAUCCCAAAGAACCUGGUGGGAUUUAGUCCAAGAUCUCCGCUACCGGUGCCGAAUAAAACGCAAUAAGUCAAACAGUCACGCUAACUGAAAUCGACGCCAUUGACAGAGGCAUCUCCGUGCAUUGUGCAACAAAACGGACAAAGAUUUAGCAAUAUUAGAGUCGGAUUUCCAAGCUUUGUUAGUAGUGUCCCGCUUUUCUUGAGAUUAUCUCGACCGUCUAUUCCUAGAUCGCCGAUUGAGGGGGCUGGACGGACUCUGAGGAUUUCUUAGGUCGAACAAUCACUUGACAGAUCCUACUAAAUCAUUGUAUUAAUAGACUAUCUUUGAAGGGAGAGAUAUUUCUUUUGAACUUGGCACACUAAAAAAUGUCCUGAAACAUCACUUUGGAAAAAAUGGCGAUGCUUUAGUAGAGCCCACUAGAGACGUCGCUAGACACCAUUUUGAUAGGGGAUAGCUAGAUGUCGGACCAAGUUUGCCUACGAGAUAGCCAAACAA